AAAACAAAAAAAAAGGCAAAACCCACCAAAUUUGGGGUCGGAGCAUCUUCUUUUCGGGCUUUUCCCGUGGGAAAGUGGGAUUUCCAGGAAUGGGGUUGAAGCUCUCUGUGAAUUUUCUCCUCCUGGCCUUGGGAGCCGCCGUGGAUGUCCCACCGGCACGAGAAAAAGAAUCCUCGCUCUACCCCUACGGCCCCGCCCAGCGCGACCAGAAGAACCCCAAACUGGAUGAUGGGACGUCCAAGAAGGUCUCCCUGACCGUGCCCUUCACCUUCUACGGAAAAAAACACCAAAGCCUUUACGUGAACAACAACGGCGUCAUCUCCUUCGACACCCGCAUCAGCCAAUACACCCCCGACCCCCUCCCAUUGGCCGACGGGCGCUCCUUCGUGGCCCCCUAUUGGGCGGACGUGGACAACGUGCUGGGAGGGGACAUCUUCUACCGAGAGACCACCGAGCCCGCCCUGUUGGCCCGUGUCACCCAGGACAUCAACCAGUACUUCCCCACCACCCCCUUCAGCGCCACGUGGGCUUUGGUGGCCACCUGGGACCACGUGGCCUAUUACGGCUCCACCACCGAUAAGGGCAACACCUUCCAAGCCGUCCUGACCACCGACACCAAGGUGUCCUUCAUCAUCCUCAACUACUGGGACAUCCAGUGGACCACGGGGGCAGCCAGCGACGGGGACGCUGAAACGGGUCUUGGUGGGACCCCAGCCCACGUAGGUGGAGCAGAAGGUUAUGGGAUGGGGGAGAUGAGGAACUGGGGAGGAUGGUUGACCCAUACUGGUUUUUAGAGGGACAACACCAGUUUGCCCAAGGUAGGACUUUGGGCCAUGAAGUUUUGGUGGGGAACCACCCUGAGGGUAGAACUUUGGAGCAUCAUUUUUUUGGAGAAGACAAGGUUGGAGGUUG